CAAAUAAGGAAGUUCUAUACCAAAGCUGAGCAGUCUGAGCAGUGGGGGAAAAAAAUGUCUCCUCAACAGAGCUGGCGAUGUUGAGACGCCAGUGUGUCUGCAACAAGGCCUCAGUUCACUUGACCUUAUGCUUCGAAGUCCUUUGCCCUUUGUGUCACUCUGCUCUGUUGUUCCUUUGAGCUUUGAAAAGCCAACGACACUCUUCAUCAUGUAUUUGCUUUUCUUUUCAGUCGCCUUUCGUUUGCCUCCUGGGAGGGCCUUCAUUUCACUUUUGGCAAAACAAGAUCUUUUCAGUACGUGAGCUUUACACAUUCCUGACUUAGCAACCCGCCCCUUUUUUAGGUGGGGCUUUUGUACAGUAUAAACACUCUUGAUAUGAGAAAGUGGGUGUGGGUAGGCCAAAGUGCACAUAAAAAGGAGGCUUUCCGCCAACACUCACACUGCAAACUGAGGCAGAGAAAAUGGCAACUAAAGCGGCCAGCGUGCUCAUCACCGGAGCCAACAGAGGCCUCGGCCUGGAAAUGGUUAAGCAAAUGGUGGAGGGCUCCCGUGACGUGAAGAAGCUGUUCGCCUGCUGCAGGGACCCAGAUGGACCCAGGGCCGAGGCCUUGCAAACACUGGCAAAGAAGCAUCCCGACGUCAUCGUCGUCGUCCGUCUGGACGCAACGGACCUUUCUAGCAUCAAACAGUGUGCACAGCAGGUGUGCUCCGUGGUUGGGAAGGGGGGCCUCAACCUGCUGAUCAACAACGCAGGUGUGGCGGUUAGAACCAACCUACAGGAAACCACUCCGGAGGAGUUGCAGCUCAUGUUCAACACCAACGUCAUGGGCCCUAUGAACGUCAUCAAAGAGUUCCUGCCUCACCUGCGCGCAGCGGCGAAGGCCAGCGGGACGCCCGGGAUGUCCAGCGGCAAAGCAGCCGUGGUCAACAUCUCCUCGAUCCUCGGUUCAAUAGAGGGCGCGAAGGAGUCUUACACCACCUACCCUUGUAUCUCCUACCGCAUCAGCAAAGCGGCUUUGAAUAUGCUGACCAUGUGCACUGCAGAGGAACUGAAGAAGGAUGAGAUCCUGUUGUGUGUGCUGCACCCCGGGUGGGUGCGCACCGACAUGGGUGGAGAAGAGGGGGACAUCGGUGCUACGGAGAGUGUGCAGGGGAUGCUCGAAGUGAUGGCCUCUCUGACAGAGAAGCAGAGCGCAGGCUUCCUGGACUGGAAGGGCAGGUCCAUCCCCUGGUAGCUUUAAAGCAGCGCUUCAAAAACUGCACUCAAUCACUAAAUGAACCAAUACUUCAUGUCACUGCUUGGCUUACAUCGUGCUCAUUUCUACACAGAAUCAUGCACUUUAAUGAGGUGAUACUUGUUGAAUUCUGAAAUAGGAAAUAAACUUGUGUGCUCAA